CGAAGGACAUUCUUAUAACGCAAUAGCUUAAAAUCCAGUCAAUCUGGUUUUUCGUGCACUUUUGUAUAUAAACAAAGCUUGCUUUCUCGCCACGAUAAUACUCAUUCCGCUUCGAAGGUGCGACUUGUAUCUCUCAAAUAUCUGGCUUGAACUAUCAAAAUGUUUUACCACAAGAUGACAAGUUUAGCUCCACUGCGUUCUUUGACUCUACGAGCAAAAAGAGGAUUUUGUUUUGCGCAGCCUGUGCAAGAGUUAGCAGAACCGCAAAUGUUUGUGAAUUUAAACCAUGAAAUUUACACCCGUCCAUCAGUUCAGACAAGUGUUCCCGGUCCUAUGUCACAGAAAUUGAUGACAGAACUUAGUGAGAUGCAGACGAACAGUUCAGCUCAUUUCUUUUUGAAUUAUGAAAAAAGUCGAGGAAAUUAUGCUGUUGACGCGGACGGGAAUGUCCUUUUGGAUAUUUUUCAGCAUAUAGCAGCGCUUCCAUUAGGAUACAAUCACCCGGCUUUGAAGGAAGUUUUGAUACGACCUGAAAACCACCCAAUAUUGAUGAAUAGACCUGCUCUUAUGUUCUUCCCACCGAUGAACUUUUCCGCACUGCUCAAGUCCACGUUGAUGGCUGUUGCACCUAAAGGCUUAAACAAAGUCACUCCGAUGGGCUGUGGAACAUGUUCAAACGAAAAUGCGAUGAAGAGCGCGAUGAUAACAUACCAGACAAGAGAGAGGGCAGGUCGAGCGCCAACGGUAAAGGAACUCUCAUCUGCUCUUCUUGGACACGCACCAGGAGCACCUGAAAUAUCAAUUCUAUCAUUUGAAGGAGGCUUUCAUGGACGACUAUAUGGUUCACUUUCGGUGACGUACUCGCAUCCAAUACAGAAGUUGGAUAUCCCGACGUUUGAUUGGCCAAAAGCGCGAUUCCCCAGAUUGAAAUAUCCUUUGAAUGAAUAUCGGCGGGAAAACGAAGUUGAGGAAAGCAAAUGUCUUGCUAUGGUGGAAGAAAUAUUUCACAAACAGAAGAAACAGAAACCAAUAGCGGCUGCUAUAAUCGAACCAGUGCAAGCAGAGGGGGGUGAUCGCCACGCCUCUCCGGAUUUUUUCAACAAACUACGAAACAUCGUUGCCAAGAAUAAUGCUUUCUUCAUUGUCGACGAAGUUCAAACCGGCGUUGCCACAACAGGAAACUUUUGGGCGCACCAGAGCUGGGAGUUGGAUCAACCCCCAGAUUACGUGACGUUUGCAAAGAAAAUGCAAAUUGGAGGCUUUUAUUACAACGACGGAUACAAACCAAACGAGAAAAAUCGUAUUCAAAGCACCUGGAACGGCGAUCCAGCCAAACUCUUGACGCUAAAGGAAAUAUUAAAAGUAAUCGACAACGAGAAUUUAGUUGAAAACGUCAGGGACGCGGGAAAAGUGUUUCUGAAUGGCUUGAAACAAUUACAAGAUAAAUUCCCGCAGUAUUUGAGCACAGCUAGAGGACAAGGAUUGUUUUGUGCGAUCGAUUUACCCAACCCAGAACUACGGGACCUGUUUAUCGCACGACUGAAAAAUCGUGGUUUGAUAACCGCGGGAUGUGGAUAUAACUCAGUUAGGUUCCGACCUUCGCUGAUCUGCACAAGACAUCAUAUCUGCAUUGUUCUAGACAUUAUGGAAACAGAAUUACGACAAAUGAAAUAGCACAGUCAUCGAAGUGUCACAGAAUUUUGUAAAAUAGUUUUUUUUAAACCAUACUUCCAAUUGUAGAUAGUAAAUUGACAAACCAUUUGAUCAACAUACUUUAGUUAUAUUAAAUAGUAAUUGUUGUGUAGAUAAUUAAAAUUUAGUUUUUGUAAU